AUGUCUGCCGAAACCUCCAAGCCCUCGGGCAAAGAUGACUACGAUGGGACCAGACACAGCAUCGACUCCCACGUCGAGUCGCAACAGCGACAACUCGGCGGAAUGGACCCAGCUCACCGACAAAGGGUCGAAAAAAGCAUGAAGCGCAAGCUGGAUACUCGAUGCGCUCUGUUUGUCCUCAUUUACAUUAUGAAUUAUCUGGAUCGCAACAACAUUGCCGCAGCCCGACUCAAGGGCCUGCAGGACGACCUCAAACUCGACGACACCCAGUACGCAACAUGCCUCAGCAUCUUGUACGUCGGCUACAUUUUGAUGCAGGUCCCGUCCAACAUGUUCAUCAAUCGAAUUGAGCGACCUUCUCUCUACAUUGCCUGCGCCAUGUUGAUCUGGGGACUGGUUUCGACGCUGUCAGGAAACGUGCACAACUUUGCGGGCAUGGUGGUUAUCCGAUUCUUCUUGGGCUUUAUUGAAGCUGCUUUCCUUCCGGGCGCCCUCUUGAUUCUCUCCAAGUGGUACACGCGCCGCGAAUUGACCAAGCGAAACGCCAUUCUCUUUUGCGGCAACCUCAUCUCCAAUGCUUUCUCAGCCCUGGUUGGCGCUGGUGUCUUGUCGAAUAUGCAGGGCGUUCUCGGGCAUGCAGCAUGGCGAUGGCUUUUCUGGAUUGAGGGUGCCGUCACAAUGAGCAUUGCCAUCUCGGCCGCCUUUAUUCUCCCAGAUCUCCCCCACAACUCGAGAGGCUUUACCGAGGAGGAACGCAAGGUGGCGCAACUCCGGAUGAUUGAGGAUGUUGGAGAGGCCGACACUGACUCUGCCGAGAACGGCAUUUUCUACGGCCUGAACUUGGCGUUGAAGGAUGUCAAGAUUUAUCUCAUGAUGCUCACCUUUACGGCUUACGUUGUUGGUCUUUCAUUCAACGCAUUCUUCCCCACCCUUACCGGCACACUUGGCUUUGGAUACGUUCCCACAUUGCUCAUGAGCUCUCCUCCUUGGCUGUUCUCAUGUAUCAUCUCCCUCAUCAAUGCAUGGCACUCGGAUCGAACACAGGAAAAGUUUUGGCACAUUGUUGGCCCGAUUUGUGUCGGCAUGGUUGGUUUCAUUAUUAGCAUGGUUACCCUCAACGUCGCCGCCCGCUACGUCGCUCUGUUCCUCCAAGCCAGUUCCUACGCUGGAUUCAUCGUCUUUUACUCCUGGAUCAGCUCCUCCUUCCCCCGACCUCCCGCCAAGCGCGCCGUUGCGAUUGCAAUGAUCAACGCCUUCAGUCAGCUCGGAAACGUGGCAGGUUCUUACGUUUGGGCCCUCAAGGCGAACGGUUACCGCCAGAGUUAUGGCAUCGUUCUGUCUAUGUUUGGCGUAACAAUCAUGGGCUGCGCAGCUUUCCGAUGGAUCUUGGUUGGCCUGAACAAGAAACUUGAUGCAGGCGAGGAGGCUUGGGAAGUGAGCGAGGACGUUGCAAAGCAGACGGCUGCAGCGGAAGAUAUGGACAAUGACGAAGCUUUGCGGAUGAGGAGAGGAUUCAGAUACCUUAUCUAA